AUGGAAGAAACAAUAGAGAGUGUUGAAGCACCUACGAGCAACGUCUCAAAACAAAAUGACAACGGCUUAGACAUGAAGACUUUGUUUGUCAGGUCCAUUCCUCAAGAUGUCACAGAUGAACAACUUGCUGAUUUCUUUUCUAAUUUUGCCCCAAUUAAGCAUGCUGUUGUUGUCAAGGAUACCAACAAACGUUCUAGAGGUUUCGGAUUCGUUAGUUUCGCUGUAGAAGAUGAUACAAAAGAAGCCUUGAUUAAGGCCAGAAAGACCAAGUUUAAUGGACAUACCUUAAGGGUAGACGUUGCCAAAAGAAGAGAUCGUUCAAAGAAGUCCUCUGAGGGAGCUCCAAUGAAGGCUUCGGAGUCUUUUGAGAAAACGAUUGGUCAGAAAACUGAAAAUGAGCACGAUGCUGAUGGUGAAGAUUCUAUGCUAAAGGGUAAGCCCAAGCUGAUUAUCAGAAACAUGCCAUGGAGCUGUCGUGAUUCAACUAAGCUAAAGGAUAUUUUUAGUAGAUAUGGUACUGUUGUAGAGGCUACUAUUCCACGAAAGAGAGAUGGUAAAUUAUGUGGAUUUGCGUUUGUGACUAUGAAAAAAAUCAGCAAUUGUAGAAUUGCUUUGGAAAACUCCAAGGAUUUGAAAAUUGAUGGUAGAAAAGUGGCUGUUGAUUUUGCUGUUCAAAAGAACAGGUGGGAAGACUAUAAAAAAGCUCAACCAGAAGUCAAGGACGAGAGCAAUAAUGAAUCUCAAGAUGAGGAUGAAGAAGUAGAUGAUGAGGACAAGCAAGUAGAGGAGGACUCAGAUGAUGAUCCAAAAACUGAAGAACCAACAAGAAAAGUGCAAAAUAAGAAGGAAGAAUUUUCUGUUUUUGUUCGUAACGUCCCAUACGAUGCAACUGAAGAAUCCUUAGUCGCACAUUUCAGUAAAUUUGGUAGUGUAAAAUAUGCUUUACCUGUUAUUGACCGGUCUACAGGACUGGCAAAAGGUACCGCUUUUGUAGCUUUCAAAGACCAAUAUACAUACAAUGAGUGUGUCAAGAACGCACCUGCGGCUGGCUCGACUUCUUUAUUGAUAGGUGAUGAUGUCAUGCCUCAAUAUGUAUAUGAGGGACGUGUUCUGUCCAUCACUCCAACAUUAGUAAGAGAGGACGCUGGUAGAAUGGCUGAGAAGAACGCCGCUAAGAGAAAGGAAGUAUUAGGGAAAGCUCCAAGCGAGAAGGAUAGACGUAAUUUAUAUCUAUUGAAUGAAGGUCGAGUCGUCGAAGGUUCAAAGAUGGCAGACUUGUUGACUAAUACUGACAUGGAGAUCAGAGAAAAAUCUUACAAGUUAAGAGUAGAACAACUGAAAAAGAACCCAUCUUUACAUUUAUCAAUGACUAGAUUGGCUAUUAGAAAUCUCCCUAGAGCUAUGAACGAUAAAGCGCUAAAGGCCUUGGCUCGUAAAGCUGUCGUAGGCUUCGCUACGGAAGUAAAGAACAAAGAAAGACACCCAUUAAGUAAGGAGGAAAUUAUCAGAUCCACCAAAGAGAAGUAUAAGUUCAUGAGCCCAGACGAGAUUGAGACACAGAAAAAGAAAGACAAAAAAAGUGGUGUUGUAAAGCAAGCCAAGGUUAUCAUGGAGGUUAAAGGAUCAACUGCAGGAAGAAGUAGAGGGUAUGGUUUUGUAGAAUUCAGGGAUCAUAAAAAUGCUUUAAUGGGACUAAGGUGGUUGAAUUGUCAUGCCGUUACUGUGGAUGAAAUUCUAGAAGGUUUAAACGAUGAAGAAAAGGAACAAGUAGUGAAUGACUUGGGUAAGGGAAGGCGUUUAUGUGUCGAAUUCGCAAUUGAAAAUUCUAAUGUUGUUAAGAGAAGAAGAGAACAGCUGAAACAAGCAAGGACCAAGAGAGAGAGACCAGAUAACGAAGAUGGUGAAGAUGUUCGCGAAUCUGGCAAUAAGAAACUAAAGAAGGAAGAAGAGACAACCCCAGCCAAUUCCGACGACAAAAAAAUGGGCGAAGAUAUAAAGAGGAUAAUCGGGUUUAAACGUAAGAGAAAGCAUGGCAAAAAAUAA